AUGGCCGACGCCAAAAAACCCGCCGUUCUAAUUGUCGGUGGUCUCGGUUUCAUUGGUCGACACCUCGCGCUUUAUAUCCACGAAAACAACCUAGCCUCCGAAGUCCGCUUGGUAGACAAAGUCCUCCCCCAAUUAGCAUGGUUAGCCCCCGAAUUCGAUGAGGCAUGCUCCAAGGACAAGUUCGUCCAGGCCGAUGCCAGUCGUGAACAACACUUCCCGCGCAUCUUCGACCGCGCCAAUGGCGAACAAUUCGACUACGUGAUCAACUGCGGCGGCGAAACCCGCCACUCCCAACCUGACGACGUCUACGAAGUCCGCAGCUGCGCCCUCUCCGUCGCCCUCGGCAAGGAAAUCGCCCGCCGCGGCAUCCCAGCCUACGUCGAGACCUCCACCGCACACGUCUACAAAGGCGGCUCCACCCCGCGCAAGGAAACCGACAAGCUCGCCCCGUGGCACAAGCUGGCCGAGUGGAAAGUGAAGGCCUCGGAGGAACUGCGUAAAAUCCCGAACUUGCGGUACUGCGCGCUUCGAUUGCCGCACGUGUACGGCGCCUACGACCCCGGCUACUUCGCUACGGGGAUCUGUUUGUCUGCCGUCCAUGUCGAUCUUAAGCAGGACUUGACGCUGUUGCACACUAAGGAUUUGAAGAUAAAUACCUUGCACGUUAAGGAUGCGGCUAGUGCCCUGUUUGAGGCUGCGAAGUGGCGCGCUUCGAAGGGUGACAUUGAUCCGAAGUUGGGGGUUAUUGCUUUCAACGUCGUUGAUCACAAUGACACGAAACAGGAACAUGUUGCCAAAGCUCUAAUGGAGGUGUUUGGGUUGAAGGUUACGUUCAUUGGUUCGCUUGCUUCGCAGCUGGCUAAGCUGAACCUCGAUGAUGUUGUCGAUGAUAUGAAUGAGGUUAGUCUGCAGACGUGGGCGGAGCUCAUUGAGAGAGCCAAUAUCACGCGGCCGGGUCCGAUCAGUCCGUUCCUUGAGCGGGAUAUUCUCAAGGACCAGGAUAUGUCAAUCGAUGGGUCGAAGUUCGAGAAUGAGACUGGCUGGAAGCCGAAGUAUCCCAACUUCGGCGCUGACAGCAUCCGCGAGAUCGUCGACAGCUAUAAACGCAUGGGCUGGUGGCCAUGA